CUGGCCGCCCGGGGCCUGAGCCUCGGUUCCUGAGGCUGCACGCGCGGCCGGGUUGGGGCUGGCGGCGGCGGUGGCUCGGGAGGUGGGGGGCAUGAGGAGGCGGUGACGCGCGGAGAAGAUGCUGAGGAGCUGAGAGGACGCGGACACCGUGCGCGGCGGCCGAGCGCAGCGCCUAGCCCGCGCGGAAUGGCUCAGCCGCUCGGCCCGGCAGGCGGCGGAGAGCCGCGGGCCGACUUGGCGAGUGGCGAGGGGCCGCCGGAGGCCGGAGCAGCCCGGGGUUCGGAGGACGCGCUGAGCCUGGAAGAGAUCCUGCGGCUCUACAACCAGCCCAUCAACGAGGAGCAGGCGUGGGCCGUGUGCUACCAGUGCUGCGCCUCUCUGCGCGCCGCGGCCGCUCGCCGCCGCCAACCCCGCCGCCGCGUGCGCUCGGCCGAGCAGAUCCGCGUCUGGAGCGACGGCGCCGUCACCCUGGCGCCCGCCGCCGGCCAAGAGGGAGAGCCGCCCCCCGGUAAAUUGGGAUAUUCACAAUGUACAGAAACAGAGGUCAUUGAAUCUUUGGGAAUUAUUAUUUAUAAAGCAUUGGACUAUGGGUUGAAGGAAAAUGAAGAAAGGGAACUCAGCCCUCCUCUAGAGCAGCUUAUUGACCACAUGGCCAACACUGUGGAAGCUGACGGAAGCAACGAUGAGGGCUACGGAGCUGCGGACGAAGGCCUUGAAGAUGAAGAAGACGGAAAGAGGAGAGCAUCAGCUGUCCGUUCCUAUCGGGAUGUGAUGAAGUUAUGUGCUGCUCAUCUCCCAGCUGAAUCAGAGGCACCAAAUCAUUAUCAGGCAGUAUGUCGGGCACUGUUUGCAGAGACAAUGGAGCUCCAUACAUUUCUGACCAAAAUUAAAAGCGCUAAAGAGAAUCUGAAGAAGAUUCAGGAAAUGGAAAAGAGUGAUGAGUCUAACACAGACCUGGAGGAACUGAAAAAUGCCGACUGGGCACGUUUCUGGGUACAGGUGAUGAGGGAUUUACGGAAUGGGGUCAAACUUAAGAAGGUUCAGGAGCGUCAAUACAACCCUUUGCCCAUUGAGUAUCAGUUAACCCCUUAUGAGAUGCUAAUGGAUGACAUUCGGUGCAAAAGAUACACUUUGCGAAAAGUGAUGGUGAACGGCGAUAUUCCCCCACGGUUAAAAAAAAGUGCUCAUGAAAUCAUCCUGGACUUCAUCAGAUCAAGACCACCUUUAAAUCCAGCCUCAGCCAGAAAACUGAAACCGACGCCUCCUCGGCCACGGAGCCUCCAUGAAAGAAUAUUAGAAGAAAUUAAAGCAGAAAGAAAGUUAAGACCCGUAUCACCGGAAGAGAUUAGACGGAGCCGACUGGAUGUCACUACCCCAGAAUCUCCAAAGAAGGUUGUGGAAUCGUCUAUGGUGAAUGGCGCUUUAACAUCGCAAACAAAAGAAAAGGGAUUACCUGCCAGUCAGCAGCUGCUUGUGCAGCGCAAGAAGCUCCUCAAAGCCCCAACCCUGGCUGAACUGGACAGCUCUGACUCGGAGGAGGACACUCUGCCCAGGUUGGUCAGCAGCAGCAGCGGCGGCAGCAGCAGCAGCAGCAGUGGCAGCAGCGGAAGCGGCAAUGGCGUAUCUCCCCCCAACCCUGAGGAGCCCACACCCGGAGCUGCUUGCCCGAGGAAGAAGCCUCCGAAAUUCUUGCCCAUCUCAUCAACACCCCAGCCGGAGAGGAGGCAGCCGCCCCAGAGAAGGCAUUCCAUCGAGAAGGAGACACCCACCAACGUGAGACAGUUUCUGCCCCCAUCCCGGCAGAGCUCCCGCUCUCUUGUUCCUAGGAUAACCAGUGUAUGGCCCAGGACGCCUUUCCGACCACUUUUUUCUACCAUACAAGCAGCUUCUCUGCUCAGCUCUCAUCCUUUUGAAGCAGCCAUGUUUGGGGUAGCAGGGGCUAUGUAUUAUCUGUGUGAGAGAGCUUUUACCAGCAGGUGGAAAUCCUCAAAGGAAGAAUUCUGCUACCCAGUGGAAUGCCUUGCUCUCACUGUGGAGGAAGUCAUGCAUAUUCGUCAGGUCCUGGUGAAGGCAGAACUGGAGAAAUACCAACAGUAUAAAGAUGUCUACACCGCCCUGAAAAAAGGAAAGCUCUGCUUUUGUUGCCGAACCAGGAGGUUUUCCUUCUUCACUUGGUCUUACACCUGUCAGUUCUGUAAGAGGCCCGUGUGCUCACAGUGUUGCAAAAAGAUGCGGCUACCCUCCAAGCCAUACUCCACACUUCCUAUCUUUUCAUUGGGACCCUCUGCCUUGCAAAGAGGAGAAAGCUGCGUGAGGCCAGAAAAGCCCUCCGCUGGCCACCAGCGGCCACUUCGGAGCAUCGCCAGGUUCUCCUCAAAAUCCAAGUCUGUGGACAGAUCAGAUGAAGAGCUGCAGUUUCCCAAGGAGCUCAUGGAGGACUGGAGCACCAUGGAAGUGUGCGUAGACUGCAAAAAGUUCAUUUCGGAAAUCAUCAGCUCAAGCCGGCGCAGCCUGGUGCUGGCCAACAAAAGAGCCCGGUUGAAAAGGAAAACACAGUCCUUCUACAUGUCCUCAGCAGGCCCCUCAGAGUACUGCCCUUCCGAGAGGACUAUCAAUGAAAUCUGAGCCUGUGCCUUGCAGCUGCUUUUGUGUCCAGGUUGGCAUUCGUGCGCAAGAACACUGACCCAGACCGGCUCUCCUCCCCGCAGUCUCACUGAACAGGUGUGAAGUUGCAUUCGGUCUGACUUUUACUGCAUUGCAUUGUUACACAGACUGCUGUGUCCAUGUCGAUUGAAUCCGUGUGGCAGGUCAGCCAAUUGCUCAUUUGCACUGAGGGAGGACGAGAGUUUGAAACUUGCUUUUGUGAAUGCGUGGAUUUGGAAGCCUGACCCUUUUUCCUUGGCUCAGUUCUUUAUUCUUCUUCAAAUGAUUUCUUGACUAAGGCAAAAAGCUUCUCACGUGAGAAAUCAGUGUGACAGAGGUGUCGAUGUUAGCACAGUUUUAAGCAGUAAGUCAUAUUGGCAUUUCCACAUGACAGUGUUCCUACCUUAUGUACAUAGCAGCCCAGAGCCCUGCCGUACGCCAGGUAGCAGGAGGCGGGCCAGGCUCUUCAUCGUCUCACAGCACAAAACCAACAACCACUCAACUGAUUUCUAACUUAUUGUUGCCCUGAGAUUUAAAAAAAAAUUGUCUGUGGGACUUUAAUCCUGCGUCCCAGUGCAGGAUAUCGCAAUAAGUUGUGCGCCCACGAGGACGGCCAUUUCCUCUGAGCAGCCAGCGUCCGUCUGGCGCUCUGAUCAGGUGUCUCAUGAGUGGGUGACACUUUCCUUCCCUGUCAUGGAUGUACAAUAGUGGAUACUAGGAAUUUGAUAAGGGAGGUCUAGGAGCUAAGUUUUGCUGGGAUUUCAGGACAAGGGAAGGCGAUAAACCUGUCAAGCUGUUGAAUGUAUUUUGGUUAACUGUGAGAAGAGCUGGGACAGCAUAGGGUGCCAGGAGGGAAAUGAGCUGGCACUCAUACAUUUUCAACGUUUUUCACAACUUUAUAGGGAGCCAUCAUGACUAAAUUCAGUCACAAUUUGGUACCUAAAAUCGCAAACUGAAAUUUAUUUUUAUAAAUGAAUUUUGAAAGAAAAAAAAAAUACCUAGCUCUUUUGCAGUUAUUCCCCUAAGAAUUAACCUGCUGCCAGGCAAAGUUUUUGGAUGCUUUUUGCAACUAGCUUUCCUUACAAAUGACUCAAAAUAAUGAGUUGAGUUUUUGAUGAUGGUAAAUUGAAGGGCAGCUUUGUACACCUGAAAUUUCUGUUUCUUUGACCCAUACCAUGGACUUUAUUAUUUUGAUAAUGCUGGGAAAUGACCAACCAACUCAAAUUGCCAUGAAUGUCGGAAAAAUCACACAGUACACAUACACAAUGAUUUCUUGAAAGGCGCAGAACACCAAUGCAAUCAACACUGUGACAGCACCAUUUAACAAAAGGCAUGGCCGUCACGUUCAUACUGCAUCAAAAUACAGUAACAUUUCCUCUUUAAGUUAACGAUAAUACCUCGGAACUGCUCCAAUAAGUAAUUUUUAAUGACUUUAAAUUUUAAAUUUAGUAAAUGGCUUUAAAUUACCUAAUGAAAUAAAAUUUAACAGUUGACUAAAAUAAUGCAUGUUAACAGACCUUCUAUAUUUGCAUGUUAAACAUGGGCCACCCGAGAACCAUUGUCGGUUACAUAAACUCAGUUAAGCUUCCGUUAUGUUCGCAACUGUUGUUCAGGAGCUCUAACAAUUAUACCAGGGAAAUGCCAUUUGGAAAAUUCUCCAGGAGAUGCCCUGAACUUGAUACUCUGGCCAGCUAGCCACCUGUCUGCUGGCUGCUUGGUUUGACCUCCUCAUGGUUCAGGGAGAAGGUGGUAGCUUGCGUGUGUCUGAAGACAUGCACCUGGAGGGAAGUAUUCUUUUUAAAGCAAUGACUAAA